AGGAGUAAAGGACAUGUGACGUGACGUGCUCUCUCGGCAAGUGUUUGUUGUUAUUGUUUUAAACUGCAAAAAGAUACAAAAGAUUGAACCAGUUCUUAAGCCUGUUUGGAUGUGUAUCGAUUAUUGGCUAGAAAAUGGGUUGUGUUUCUUCCGUGUUUCAGUACGGAUCGUACAUAGUCGAUGAAAAAGCGGCGCCGGAGAAUAAAGAAGACGGCGAAAAUGCUACAGGAGACGUUCCAUCUACGCAAGAACUCCCAUCCAAAUCUGCCGAAGAAGAGAGCGCGAAAGAACAAGCAGCUAAAACGGAAGCUUCAAAACCGGAUAAGCAGUCAGAGCAAAAAAAUGAGACUGCUGAACCUGUUGUAAAAGAAUAUGAAAGUGUUCGAGAGGUAAAACUUGAAAAAGAAAAAACUGUCAAGGAGUCUGGUGAAACCACUGAAAAAACAGUUUUUACCGAGAUUCAAGAAAGUGUCAAAGUAGAAGAAACAAAAGGUCCUAUUUCUGACCCAUUUUCUUCCAAAAAAGAAAAGAGCAAAUCAUCAUUUUUUCCAUCUUUCAGUAAGGAUUCCAGUGUAUUUAUGUCCGAGACUUCCAGCACAAGGCCCACAUCAACAGUGAGUCAAACGUCAUCCGAAUUUUAUCAUCCUGUUAUAAAAGAAGAAAAAAGCUCAGAAUCUGUAGUUGAACCGUCUGGUUUGUUUGCUGCUGGGGUGCAAUCAACAGAGCCCCAGACUUCUACAGAGAAGAAGAGUUCACUUACCUCCAGUUUCACUUCGUCAUUCGCAAAAACUUCGAAGGAUUUGCAAUCGAAAGUCGAUGAAACUGUAUCGGGUGUUACUUCAGAAAUUGAAAAGGCUCAGAAAGAAGCUGAGAAAAAUGUUUCUAAUUUGAAGUCUGAGGUAGAAGGAAAGGUACAAGAAGCUGAUGCAGAACUGCAUAAAGCAAAGUCAGAUGCUGAGAAAGCUGCCAAAGAUACUGCCACUGAAAUUCAAAAUAAAGCAGAACAAGCAGUGAACGAUGCACGAUCUAAAGCUCAAGACUUAGCAAAUAAAACGAGCGCUGAGCUGCAAUCCAAGGCAGAUGAAAUUAAAGCAGGAGUGGGCGAAGCGCAGUUAAAAGCUCAGAAGUCUGUAACAUCUGAGCAGUCGCUAUUACAGAACAAGGUACAGGAAGCCGAAUCGAAAGCAAAAGAAGCGCAGUCUCAAGCACAGAAAGUGGUGUCUGAUACUAGUACUUUAUUAGAAUCCAAAGCCCGAGAAGCUGAAAGUAAAAUACAAGAUAUACAAAAAAAAGCUGAGGACAAUGUUGCAUCAGCUCGCACCCAAAUUCAGUCUAAAGUUCAUGAAGCCGAGUCUGCUACUGAAGAUCUUAAAUCAAAAGCUGAACAAGGUAUUUCAGAUAUUAGCGCACGUGUCCAAUCAGAAGCUGAGAAUGCUCAGUCCAAAGCUGAAAAGACUGUAUCGAAAGUAUCCAACCAGCUUGAUCAGAAAGCCCGUGAAGCUGAAGCAGCAGUUCAGAGUGCACAAUCUAAAGCUGAGACAGCAGUUCAAAACGCCCAAUCCAAAGCUGAAGCAGCGGUAUCAAGCGCAACAGCCCAGUUGGAAAGCAAAGCUCGUGAAGCUGAAAGUGCAGUUCAGAACGUCCAAGCAAAAGCACAGGAAAAUGUGUCUAAAGUGACAAGUCAACUUGAAACGAAAGCAAAAGAAGCUGAGUCGGCAAUUAAGAACGUACAAUCUGAAGCUCAGAAGAGCGCUACAAAUGUUACUACACAGCUUCAAACAAAAGCACGCGAUUUGGAGAGCAAAGCACAAGAUGUCCAGUCUAGAGCAGAAAGCGCCGUUUCUACUGCGAGUAUUCAGCUACAAAUGAAAGCUGAAUCUAAAGCUCGUGAAUUGCAAUCUAAAACUGAACAAGCUGCAUUCCAAGUGCAAAUGAAAGCUGAAGAUAAGAUCUCAGGUAUUCAAAGUGCAGCGGUAGGCUUUGCUUCUUCGGCAGAAUCUCAAUUAAAAUCCAGUGUUCAGGAAGCUGAGGCAAAAAUCAAAGAUGUAAAAGGCAAGACUGAAGCUUGUAUAACUAGCGCAAAUUUGACGCUGCAAGCAAAAACUCAAGAAGCCGAGGAAAGCCUAAACAAAUUAAAAAGCGAUGCCAGCGAAGUGUUUUCUCAGGUUCAGAAUGCAGCUAAGGAAAAGGAAAACGAAGUGCAAGUCAAGUCCACAGAAGCUUUCGAAAAUGUAAUGCCUAAAUUAGCCUUGGGUGCCUUAGCAAGUGGUGCACAGACUAAUGUAUUAACUGGGGUACAAGAAAAGUCUCAGGAAGUUCUUUCAGCUUUGCAAGAUGUACCAAAACAAGCUCAGAAUACUAUUGAGCAAGUAAAGACGAAAGCACAAGAUAUUGUCUCUGAUCUAAAGCAAAUUCCCACUGUUGCUAAAGAGGCUGUUUCUCAAGUACAGACUUCAGUACUUCAGACAGGAAAAGACUCUGCUGGGUCCAUUGUGGAGGGUAUCCAAUCAAAGGCUCAGGAAUCAAUUUUACAGGUGGUUGAUGAUGGUGCUGCAAAUGUCAAUGAAGCAGUGGUUAAAAUUCAAGCGGGUGUCCGUGGUUAUUUAACGAGGAAAUCUUUGAAAGAGAAAAAAGAAAAAACGGAGCCUGCGGCAGGAGACGAUGGACCAAAAAGCGGCGAUUUGCUCGUGGACAUUGAAAAUCGAGUGGAAGAAAGCAUUAUGGACGAGAACCUCCUGACAUCCGAUAAAGACCUUAUGGAAUUCCUUCAGGAGGGGAAUAUUGAUAAUCCCCAGCUUAAUGAACAGGAGCUUUCUUGGUUGGAAGAGGAUGCGUGCGAUGGCCAGGAGCAGGCCGCUACUAAAAUCCAAGCUGCAUAUCGUGGUUAUAAGGUGCGGAAAGAUAUAAGCAAGUAGUCGUCGCUUCGUAGCUUCCUCCGUUCACCAUCCACGAUCUGUGAUCAAACGCCUUUUUUUUUUUUUUCGGUUUAUUUCCUUGCACCGAGGUACAUAGAAAUGAUCGGCGCUGUUUUGUAAUAAAAUGCUUUUCAAAUGAAAAUAAGUAUGUAAAUAAAAUGCUAAUUAAUUUCAAA